AGUCGGCCUAGUGUUCAAUAGUUUGCGACUUGGUGAUCCCCCAAAAGUGAAGAUCGCUUAAGCUGCCAGCGGUUCAAUCGUUGCAUCCAAGCUGAAUAGAGAUGUGAUGCGUUGAUGAAGGGGUUACCAUUCAUUCACAUUUAGGGACAGUUUAUAAAUCUUCUCAGGCAAGACUUCACCCAAUGGAUGCUGAAGGGAAAGGCAAGAAGAAAAAGAAAAGGAAGCAAGAUCCUCUGGAUGAGGAUGGCCAUCAGUCACCUGGAGAGGUGGCAGAAUCUGAGAAACAGCCCAAAAUGAAGAAGCAGAGGAAGGCCCCCUCAGAAGAGCGGCUGCAGGCCAGUGCUAGCCUCAUUGAAAGCCAAGCUUUGUUAGCGGAGAACGCAGCGGAGAAGGGCAUUGGGGGCACAGGCAAGCUGCUUGCAGACGGCAAGAACCAGCCUGUCCUUCCAUGGAUGCGCCUGCCCAUCAAAAUUGAGGCUGGGCAGGGAGUGCCAUUAGAGGACGUGCGGGGCCUAGACUCACGGCUGCAGGACGCCUUGAAAGCCUGUGGGUUUGUGGAGCUUUUCCCUGUGCAGGCAGCUGCCUGGCAGGUGACAGCAGGCGGGCACAGCGCUGCGCAUGACCUCUGCAUCUCUGCGCCCACAGGAUCUGGCAAGACGCUUGCUUAUGCACUGCCAAUCCUGCAGGGCUUGCUGGGGCGCUGCGUGCCACGGCUACGCUGCCUGGUAGUGCUACCCACCCGCGACCUUGCGGCACAGGUGUUCAAGGUGUUUGCGGAUCUGUGCCCACCACUGGGUCUGCGCGUGGGCAUGGCUGCCGCACAGACAUCGGUGGGCACCGAGGCGGCCACGCUCUUCCCUGACGCGAUCCGGGACCAGCAAAGCAUCAGAGGGAUGGCGGCGGUGUCUAACAGCAGCGCAGUGGACAUCCUGGUUGCCACUCCAGGGCGGCUGAUGGCCCACCUGAAGGGCACCCCUGGAGCAACACUCAACGAUCUCCGCUACCUGGUGAUAGAUGAGACCGACCGGCUGCUGCGGCAGGCGUACCAGGACUGGCUGCCCUUUGUCACGGCGGCCACCGUGGGGGGACCCGGGGAUCCCCCUGUGAGGGGACCGGGGGGACAGCCAGUAAGAGGCCCCCAACGCCACGUGCUGAAAAUUGUAGCGUCGGCGACGCUCACGCGAGACCCGUCCAAGAUCGAGCGCUUGGGCCUGAACUGCCCGCGCUACAUUGCCCUUGGAGCCUCCGACCACAGGCAUGCCACAAUCCUGCACUUGCUCAGCCAUGCUCGGGAGUAUGCGAUGCCCAAGUCGUUGAAGGAGUUCAAGGUGGUCUGCGCGGGCGCCGACAAGCCUGUACUCGCCGUUGCUUUGCUGCGCCAGCUCGCCAACGAGCCCACCCUCAUCUUCACCGCCUCAGUGGAGGCCACCCGGAGGCUGUUUGUGCUGCUGCACGCGGUGCCCAGCCUGAGGGAGAGCGUGCUGGAGUUCUCAUCGCUCAACUCGGGACCCGAGCGCGCCGCGACGCUGGCCGCCUUCCGGGGAGGGGACGCGCGCAUACUGGUGGCCUCCGACGGCAUGACGCGCGGCAUGGACGUUCCCUCCGUCGCCAAUGUGGUCAACUACGACGCCCCUAUCUACGCCAAGACUUAUGUGCACCGCGCCGGCCGCACCGCGCGCGGCGGCCGCGAAGGGCGGGUGUUCACGCUGCUGCGGACGGAGGAGGUGCGCCACUUCAAGGGCCUGCUGCGCAAGGUGGACAAUGCCUUUGUCAAAGAUUAUGCGCUGCCCAAGGCUGACGUGGACGCAGCGCGGCCGGAGGCGCAGCAUGCGCUCAGCGUGCUGCAGGCCUACCUGGCCGCUGAGUCAUGA